UCUUAUGAAAAGUAUUCCAAAGAAAGGCGGGACAAGAAAUAAGGAAACGUGAAAUUUAUUGAUUUAUUAUAAAAGAUAAAAAUUAAAUUUUAUUCCAUCAUUUUCUAAUGGGUGAAUUAUUCACUUUCUGUGAUAAAUAAAAAAACCGCGCAAGAAAUAAAUAAGAGAAUAAAAAGAAAGUACGUAUGUAAACAGUGUUCAUGCGCGCGUCUUGACAAGCAACGCAAAGUGUUGGGAGUUUGUUGAAGGAAGACAGACGAAAAGAAGAAAUUAUCAUUAUAGAGUUGAAGAAGGACAGGGAGAGACGCUUAUUUGUGAAAUCAGGAAAAAUUUUGUUUCAACAGGUGUAGCUUCUGCCUUGAUUGAUAGUCGAUAGAAAAAGAAGGAAAGGAAAAUAAUAAUAAUAAUAAAAAGGGGAAAUGGAUUCUGGAAGUAGUUUACCUACACCGGAAGGUUAUCCGGGUGGUGAGCGACAACAAUUUUGUGUGUCAUGGAACUCGUAUCAGUCAAAUAUGCACAAUGCAUUUCCAAAAUUGUUGAGUUCCGAACAAUUUGUUGACGUUACAUUGGCCUGCGAUGGUGGUUCGAUAAAAUGUCACAAAGUUGUUUUAUCGGCGUGUAGCGAUUAUUUGGAGCGUCUUCUGCUCGAAAUCCCCUGUACUCAUCCCAUCAUUUUUCUGAGGGAUAUGCGUAUGUGGGAACUUCAGGCACUCGUCGAAUUUAUGUAUCGCGGCGAAGUUUACGUCGAGAAACAACAAAUCAGCACUUUGAUGCAAGCUGCCGAAGCUCUUCAGGUUCGAGGAUUAUCAAGUCAGGGACGAGACAGUGCAUUGAAUGAGACAUUAAAUUCACAAAUUGGAACAUCAUCGGUGUCGCCAAUUGAAAUGUCACCGCAAAAAGCGGACGACGCUUGUUCGUAUAAGGGCGAUGAGACAUCGUCUCACGAUGAUGCGAAUAGCACAAGCUAUAUGGAAACAUCGACAAAUAUUGGUUCAAGUGUUGUAGAUUCACCACAGCUCUCUAUGUCAACGCCAACUGCUGGACCUCAACAAACACCACUUACAACACCAAAUUAUUUAAAUUCCGAUCACGCCGAGGCAUUACAACAUUUGGAAAAAGCUCUAAACGCUUGCGAAGCAACAUUGACUGAAACAACUGGAAUGGUGAAAAUGGAACCGGACGAACAAUUCUCACAGCAGGACAAACCAUAUUCAAUUAGUAUGGUACCCAGUAACUGUAGUCCCGGUAGUCCUUUUCCCGCUAUAGAAGGCUAUCAAAGACGACAACGGCGAUCGGAAGAGGAAUUGAAACAGGCAUCUGAUAUGGUGGCACGCGGAAUGACAUUUCAAGUAGCAUCUGAAAAAUAUAAAAUUCCAAUAAGUACCAUUCGAUUUUAUAUGGUAAGAAAAGGAAUUCUGCAGAGGCGAAAAAGAGGACGCGGUGCGGGCGCAACUGGAAUGAAUAGUCAGCCAAGCAGUCCAGCGAGUCCACCUUAUCACAUGAUGAAUUUCCGCUUACCGGAGAGCCUAAACUCCAGCCUACAGUAGUUUUAUGCGCCAGUAGUAAGUUUCUAGACUUGAGUUACAGUCGAACAAAUUGAAUGUUUGUCGCUAAUUUAGAGCUGUUUUAGACUUGAAAUUUCCCUCAACCCACACUUUUACUUCACCCUUCCCCCCCUCAGAAUUUGGCUUUCAAAAAAUUGAUUUUUUUUUCUAAAAAAAAAAAGAAUUGCCAAAAACUGCAAAAAAAAAAAGAUAAACGAAAGCAAAAGAAUUCGUAUUGAUACGAAAGAAAAAAAUUUAUUAAAUUUCAUUAUUUGCUUCAUCGGUUGUCUUUAAACAGCUCUAUCAUCACGUGUAAAUAAAUCUUAUAAUGAAAUGAUGAUUUAAAAAAAAAAGAGGAAAAAAAUACACACACAACAUGGGACGAACAAUCUUGCAAUCGAUCUCAGCUUACGAGCUCGUUAAAUCCGAAAUACCGAUGAUUUUUUACCCCCCCCCCGUCCCCCCUCGUUUGUCCCCUUCGCCCCAAACCCCUAAUUUUCCCGAAUUUUUAAGACUAUAUAUAAUAUAAUUUACGUUACCGCGAACGACGAUUAAUUAUUUACUUAUAUAUUAUAUAUAUAUAUCUACCCGCAUAACUUUUUUUACCUUGUUUUUAUUUAUGUACGCUGCCUAGAUAAGUUUAAUUUUUUUGAUAUAGCGAGCAUUGCUUCUCAUGUUGUGAUUUUUUUUUUUUUUGUUGCGAGUAACAGAGCGAAAGAGAGAAUUAAUGUGGUUGAUUUUAGAUGAUUCUUUAUUUAGUAAAAUCUCAGCGACUCAAAAAAUUUUUGAGUCAGAAAUAUUUUGGACAAAUUUUUUUUUUUUUUUUUUUUUUUUUUGUUUUAUUUUUACGUUUUUAAUCAACCUGACUUUCCAUGACUAGGGUUCCCGAUAAAUUCGUGACCUUUUUUUUCCGUUUUUCAUAAAGAAAUUUAAAAAAAAAAAAUUAAAAAAAAAAUAUAGAACGAAAUAAAAAAAAAUAGUCUGCCUAGAUAAAGCAUUUUAUUACUUUUACUUUCGUAGUUAAUCUUUUUUAAAAGAAAACAAGAGAGAGAGAGAGAGAAAAAAAAUGGAAUGCAUUGUAUUGAGCAUUCGUUUAUUAUUGCGAGAAAAUGAAAAAUAAAUUUCAUUGCUGCAGAUGAUUUAUAGGGAGCACUGCAGUAAAAAAAAUUCCUUUUUUUUCGAGGCAAACGUCAAUUUAUAUAUUUAUAUAUAUAUAAUAAAUACAUAUAUAUAAAAGGCGUGUUGUACUACGAUGUUCUUUAUUUACGAACGGGUAUAAUUAUAAUAAUCCCCCCCUCUCCCCUCGUUUUUUGGUCUAAAAAAAAAAGUAAUCAUGUUUUUGUGUAGAAAAAGUUCGACAUAUAACUGUGGGGUUUUUUUUUAUAUACAAAAAAAAAGAAAAAAAGAAAAAAAAAUUGUAAGCGAAAGAGAAAAAAAUCACUUGCCGCAAUAUAAUCGAGUAACGCUUUAGGAGUUACACAACCCCCCCUCAAAAAAAACCACCGCCUCCCCCCCGAAACUCCCUUUUAUUAUAAUACAAAUAUUUUUGUAGACAAUGCAAAAGGGAAAGUGAAUUUUUUUUUUCUUUGCCUUUUUAUUUACGUUAAAGAGAAAAAAAAGAAAACUUUACCCUUAGCUUUGUUAGGCAUCACAUGAGACUACAAAUUACGAUGUAUCUAGAGUAAUAAUAACAAUGCUUUUAACAUGUUAGUGUACAAAAAAAAAUAAUAAUAAUAUUAAUAUGAAGUAAUGAAAAACAAGUCUGUAAACAAAAAAAACGUAGAGAUUUGCCACUUUUUAGGAAAAUAAGAGGAGAGGAAAUAAAAAAAAAUGAAAAAAAAGCACUUUUAUUUUCUUCGAAAGUGGUUCUGCCUUUUCAAAGAAUUCUCAUAACAUGACAGCAGUGGCGUACGAUGUAUUGCCUUUGUUAAAUAGCAUUCAGAUGAAGCCAUAUUUUUCCAUUUAAUGCAAUAAACGAGCAGUGAACACUUAAAAAAAAAAGAAAAUAAAAAUAAAAGCAUAGCCUCGAAAGAGUGCCUAAACAUUGUUAUUAAUAGUUGAUAAUAA